AUCCCGAAUUCCCAAUGCCUUCAGCCAUUCACAGGUGGUAGCCCCACCCCAAUUUCCAUACUCGGUGUUUCUCUGUCAUCUUCCUCAUUUUCCCGUCAUUGUAUCGCUCCAUAAGGCUCUAGGGUUAGGGUUUCAUAUGUGAUAUUUCUCUCUAUCAGACCCGAUCAAUCGAGAGAGAGAGAGAGAGAGAGAGAGAGAGGAUGUGGCACGAGGCGAGGAGGUCGGAGAGGAAAGUGCACGACUUGAUGGACGCCGCUCGAAAGAGAGCUCAGAGACGAGCUGUCUUUCUGGCUAAGAGGCGCGGCGACCCUCAGCAAUCCAUCCAGGUCAUCGGAUCUCGAUGCCGCUUGUAUCGCGACGACGGUCUUUAUCAGGCCACUCAGGAUCAGCAAGGCCUGAUACCAUGGAAUGGGAAACAGAAUAUUUUGAUUGACAGAUUUGAUGGUCGUGCCCUUCUUGAUUUUAUUCGAGAUUCUGAGUCCCGGCGUUUUCACGUGCAAGAAAAGUCGGAGGAAGAAGAAGAGUUAGAAGAGUUUGUUAAUUUUGAGCGUUAUCGGGAUUUAAUUAAGCAUCGGCGUAGAGGAUUUACUGAUGAAGAUGGUUUACAACAUGUGAGUCAAGAGAUGGAAGCGAAAAUUGCUGCUCCAUUUGCAUCAGACAGAUCAAAUGCUCCACCUCCCUCGGCAAACAAGGGGUCAUAUUCACAGGUAGGAUUCUCCUAUGAGGGUGAUGGAAAAGAGGAAACCCAUUUUUCAGAUGGUGAUGACAAUGACGAUGAUGAUGUCGAUGAUGAUGAUUAUGAGGAUUUUAAUAGUGAUGAUAGCAAUGAUGAGGGGAUGGAUACAAUAGCAAAAGAGUUUGGAGUGAAGAGGUAUGGUUGGCUUGUUUACAUGGAUAAAAAAGCAAAAGAGGAAGAGAAAAGGCAAAAAGAAGUAAUCAAGGGUGAUCCUGCUAUUAGGAAGCUGAGUCGUAAGGAAAGGAGGAAAGCUUCUCAGAUAGAAAGGGAGAGGGAGAGAGAAGCUGCACGUUUAACUGGCACCCGGGUGUUCCAUAAUGAUCCCUAUAGAGAGUCCAGGCGAAGUCCAACAUAUGAAGCUUAUAGUCGAUCUAGGAGAUCAAGAUCAAGGUCACGGUCGUACUCCCCAUCAUACUCAAGGCGUCAUGCUCGUGGCAUGCAUUCUGACGACGGUCAUCGAAGCAAAUCGAAGACUCCCAAGAUAGAAUAUAUUACUGAAUUUGGGGGUGCCGAAGACAGGGAUGAUCCAAAGCUUGUGGGAUUCUCUCCACCACCUUCUCCUCCAUCCCAAGCUGAUGUGUUGAGCCGGCCGUCCUCUGGUGGCAUUCUUGAAGCAUUGCAUGUUGACCCUGCUUCUGGUGUGUCACUCGACAAGGAAAAGAACAAAGCAUUGAAACCGUCUGUUAGCACAUCAUCUGCAUUAGCAAAAUUGAGCAAGGCCAGUGGUACUGGGGCACCCUUGAAGGUACAAGGGGAGAAGAAGGAAACCCCUCAAGAGCGUCUUAAAAGGAUUAUGAGCAAGCAGUUAAACAAACAAAUUAAGAAAGAUACUGCUGCUGAAAUGGCUAAGAAACGAGAACAAGAGCGCCAGAGGCUGGAAAAACUUGCAGAGACAAGUCGAUUGAGUCGAUAUAGGCGUCGCAGUCGCAGCAGAAGCUUCAGUCGUUCUCCUCCCAGAAGAUACAGGCGCAGUAGAAGUCCAAGUAGAAGCAGGAGUUCACGUAGAUAUUAUUCCCGAUCGCGAUCGCGUUCGCGUUCUUGGUCCCGCUCGCACUCACGCUCACCAAGGUCGAGGAGUCGUUCUAGGUAUUGAUCAAGAUAGUAGAUGGGGGGCCCUUUGGAAUUAAUCAGAGCUAAAAUUGUAGAAAAUAGUCUCUUGUUAGGGCAGCUUGCGUGCAUUUUUAUGCUCUCCUGUAUCAGUUGUCUCUCUUAAUUGUAUGCUAUAAUAUGCUUAAGCAAUUUAUAAAUUUACUUCUUAUUGUGCCAUGACAAA